CCUCAUUUAAAAAAAAGUAGUAGCAAUGGCCAAAGGCAGCAUCAAGCUUACAAAGCUGAAGUCAGUUCUAAAGAAGCUAAAUUCGUUCAACAACAAGCAAAAUCGGCUGACGUCAUCGAGCUCCCUCGUGGCGGCUUCCGACGCAGAAGAUGAAUCGUCGGCCAACCUCCAGCCUGUCUACGUCGGGAAAUCACGGAGACGGUACCUUAUUAGCUCCGACAUUAUCGAGAGCCCGCUGUUCCGAGAACUAGCGGAACGAUCGGGAGAGCAAAACGACGCCGUCAUCAACGUGUCGUGCGAGGUUGUCUUGUUCGAACACUUGCUUUGGAUGCUCGAGAACGGUGAUCCUCAGCUUGAGUCUUUGGAAGAGCUUGUCGACUUUUACGCCUGUUGAAUUUCUUCUUCUUCUUUUUCAAAAUUCCGAAAAGAAAUUGUUCCCCUGUGGUCAUUCGCAUGGUACGAAAGUUGUACAUUACGUAAGAUUGCGGUGAUGAAUUCCGGCUAAUUUGUGUUUGUCAUUGUCAUUAAUUUUUAGUACGAGAGAUUAAUGAAUACUCGUUUUCUUA